GGUAGCGCUCAGCUGAAGUUGAAGCCUGCGCAGGCCAGUAGUGAGCCGCGGCCGGCGCGUAGGUUUGGUGGUAGGCGGUCUGCAGACGGGUCGGCCAAAGCAAAAGACUGUGAUGAGGGCAGAGUCCGGCCAUUCCGCGAGGAAACGUAUCUUGAGCAACGCCUCCGCACCAGAGAUGGAGCCGGACCGCAAGCACUGCCGACUCAGCGUUGUCCUGAGCCGGUCCCCGCUCAGACCGAUUCAGCAGUCUCGGCGUCGCCCGAAACCGCCGCUCGUCAAGAGGUCCUCGCUGGUGGACGGGUGUGUAGAGGUGGUACCCCGCUCACGGGUGCCGGCCGGGGGUGGGGCGCGAGCCACGACCGCUGCGCAGCCCCGUCAGCCGGCCAAGAUCUGUCAUGGGUACGAAACGCGAGCAGCGGUCAACAGGAAACGAGCAGAGGAGGCAGCGGCCGCUGCUGAGAAAAAAUCGGAGCCAGCGAGCGAAAAGCAGUCUGAUCUGGCUGCUGAGGAGCGACAACUGCCUGCUAAGGAUGCUAAGGAGCGACAACUGUCUGCUGAGGAGCGACAACUGUCUGCUGAUGAAGCAGCACUGGCUGAUGAAGCCGAGCCAGGGACCGCCCAGCCGCUCCUCCCGGCUGACCAGACGAAACCAGCGAGCGGUGUUCCCGAGACGACCAAAGCCGCCGAGGACGAGUAUGUUGAGGACAUCCUGCAGGAGCUGCUGGAGCAGGAGGAGCUGCAGCGUCUGGACACGGACUUUCUGGCCGGCCAGCCCUCUGUGACCGCCUCCGACAGAGCUGUGGUGGUCGACUGGCUGAUUAUGGUCCAGCACUACCUGCGUCUGACCGGCGGCACUCUGCACCUGGCUCUGGCGCUGCUGGACCGGGUGCUGGCUGACUUGAGCUGCCCGCUGGACAACCUGCAGCUGCUCGGAGUCGCCUGUCUCUGGCUGGCGGCCAAAAUGGAGGAUCCCCGCCUGCCCUCGGCUCGCCAGCUGCUGAAGCUGACCAUGGACGGGUACGCGCUCGGCAGCCUGCUGAACAUGGAGCUGCUGGUGGUGCGUGUGACUGACUUCCGGCUGCUGCGCGUCCACCCGGGCGCCUUCGUCUCGCUGCAGCUGCACCGGCGACGUCUAACCGCCGGAGAGCAGGGUGAACGGCUCACUCACACCUGUGAGUACCUGCUGGAUCUGGCCGGUUGUCGUCUGGGCGGGGUUCACCGUCCGCCCUCGCUGGUCGCCGUCGCAGUCAUCCACACAGCUCUGCUGCUGCUCGGAAACGCGGCAGGGAGGCACGGAGACGUGACGGGGAGACACGGAGACGAGACGCCUCCCUGCUCGCCCGACGAUCUCCUCUACCACAGGGAAGAAGACGUGUUGUCGAUAUCGACAUUACUUCUGUUGGAGCUGCGUGACUCUCAUACCUCAAAACUAAAGGGAGCCCGCAACAAGUUCAGCAGCCAGUCGCGCUACCAGGGGCUGGCGCUCUGCGAACAGCUGUCCCCUGCGCACGUGCAGCGGGUGCUGCUGCGGCAGCUGGGCCGUCCGCUGCUGCCGCCCCCGCAGUCACCGGCUUCCCGUCUGUCUCAGGAGUACUGAGCUAGGUCAAAGGCUGGGUGACAUGGGGAACUAUAGGUCAGAGUGGGAGGAACGGCGGAGGGUGCUGGCGGCGAGUUAUGUUUGUGUGUAUUUUUGAUAUUUUAUGUGUGUCCAUGUGUCGCCCAUCAUUGCGGCAUGCCUAUUGCCUAUUAUGUAAUCGAUUCGUUUAUCUAAAGUGAACCGCGUCUUUUUCCUGCCUUCACUAUGGAGAUUCAAUGAUCGGCAGGAUCGAAGACUGAAUACAUUCGCUCGCGUCAUUGCUUGUUUUAUAGUCCUUUUAUACGAAUGUUUGCUUUUCAUAUAAUUUUACCUUCAUUGCAAUCGAGGGCCUCAUCCAAACUUAUUUUUUUCACUGAUGUUUUAACUUUAAAUUUUGAUAUGGUGGCCUUUGAUGAAUGCCGUACCGACACACCUACCGCUCGAUUUCCCGUUUGUCUCAUUGAGUGCCUGACAAGGUCCUUUGGAGGGCACACGUGUGUCGUGGGAAAUGCUGCAGACUUUGGUGCCGGCUGCCGGUUAGGUGGCCAGAGACCUGCAGCUCAGGAUCUAAUACUGUUGGACGGAGCUCGGUGCUAAAUAUGCUUCUCCGUCCGCCGUCGUGCAUUUUCUUUCGGUAAGAGUCGAAUGUUUUGCCGUCAACAUGCUGCUCAGAACUGAUCGUGUUCCUAUUUAUUACUGUUCAGUGUUCAUGUUAUUAUUAUUCGCCGUUUAUGUUGGGUUAUAUUUCAUAUCAUGUGUUUAAUAUUGCUGCAUUUUUCUUUGAGGUUUGUUUUAAAUGCGGUGCAAAAUAAAUGUUCAUUCGAUAACAGGA